CCUCGAAACUUUCUUUCUUGUUUUUCUAGUUUUCUAAGUUAAAAUUUCACCUAAUUACGUCCGUCUAAGUGUCUGAUCAGUUUUAUCUAUUAGUGAAUGCCUGGGCAAACAUCCACCAUGACCUCUGUCAACUUUUCUGUGAAAUAACGGUUAAAAAGUUUAUUGUUAUCUUCGAGAUUGUGAUGGUGCCUCAACAGCAAAGGAGGAGGCGAAGACGAGCAGCGCUCCCUCGUACAGCUGAGCGUCGUUUGGUGGUGGCCCGCGGGGCUAUUGGAUUUGGGUUUACGAUAGCGGGUCAGCGUCCUUGUGUAGUUUCGGCGGUAACUUCAGGAGGGCCAGCGGAUAGGGCUGGUUUGAGGGCUGGGGACGCGUUACUGGCUGUUGAUGGAGCUAAUGUAGCUAGGGCUCCGCAUGCGUCGGUGGCGCGGCUCGUUGCGGCCGCUCCAGGGGCUAUAUCGUUGAGUGUAGCACCUAGAGAGUCGCCUCCGACCGAUACAGAGGACACAGAGCCUGAUGAGAGAGCAAGAACAAGAAGACGGCACCCUCCACCGCGGCGCAGACCACAGAUGAUGCAUCAUCCAGGGUGUCACGCCGCCCCCAGCACGUCAGGCGUCAACGAGAUCCUCCAAAACCUGACAAGGGCCCAGCUUACCCCCAACCAGCUGGUCCGCCUGGAGUGCCGCGCCGUCGUCGGCUACCUCGGCACCAUAGAGACUCCACAAGCGGCCUCCAAUGCGGCCCCUGGCAACGUCAGAACUGCAGUCAGAAAACUCCGACAAGAAAGGCGACCUGCCACCCCUGUUUUGCUAUCUGUACUCCCAAAUUCAUUACUCCUAAGACGCCCGACUGGACAAGUCUUAGCUCAGUAUCAAAGAGACAGGAUAGUAUACGCUGGGUGCGGCUCAGAAGCGGAUAGAAGGUAUUUUGGACUAGUGACGUCAGCAGAAACAGCUGAAGCCGAAGCCUCACAUAGCUGCCAUGUUUUCGCCGUAGACCCUAGAUUAGCAGAGCAUGAAGCUCAUAUUGUGAGAGCAAGAGAGUUCCAAAUCGUCUGCACACGAGAUCCGGUCGCAGAGAGAUGUUUGGAGUUUCCUCCUUCAGCUGAGUACGUCGUAGGAGUUAUUAGAGGAAUGUAUUCGUUACCGGCAGAUGAUUGCUUAAGCCCUAAUCUACAGCAGAUUUCCAGAUUAGCUAUCAAGGGAGACAGUCCGUUAGCUGGUAAUUUUGCGCGGUGCAACCGACCCGUGUUCAGGGUGCCGCGAGAUAGAAGACCGUGUAGGCACGAAGACGCGAGGAUCGAAGCCCAAGAGUUUGUGGCUAACUCGCCACAACCGAGCAAUCAUAGUGAAGUGACCACUACGACGUCCAGCAACAGCGAUUCCGGCAUCGGUUUCCACAACGAUUGUCGGAAUAUAGCUGACCGUAUUUUGGUAGUCGAUUUCGCUCAGCAAGCCCCGCCUAAUCGAUUCCGACAGGACAUGCCACCGCGGCCGCUCGGAUUGGUCGGCUGCAGCAGUUUCGACGCGGACGGUUCGUUUCUAUCGAAUACGACUCCUGUAGUUGACGGAUUUGGCGGUCAAGGGAGACCUUUGAACUUGGACGAUGUUAUUCUAAAUUCAAACGAUUUGCAGCCAGUACGCCAUGUCAGUCCUCGCAAGGAGGAUGAUAGUUACAACUACAAUUUGUACGGGAAUGUUGCAUCGAGUUCCAAAUCUAACGGUGUCUAUGAUCAAGUGUAUACGGAGAACGAGGGCCACUAUGAGUUUGUUCCCCAACAGUUGGAUAUGGAUUUGGGAAUAGACCGUGUUGAGACAUUUAACUCUGUGGAGAUUUAUGAAGAGAGGUGUAGGCAGCCUCUGGAUUGGCAUUCGAACGAAUCUGUAGAGAAUGCUACGGUUGUAUCGGGGACGAGUAAAACUAGUAUGGACUCUGUGUCAGUGUAUUCGACGAGGAGUCACGAAGAAGCCCGUCCGGCUUUGAGGAGGCAUCUUCAGGCGUCCUUGGACGAUAUGCUGGUGCUGAGCAUGCGUGAGUCUGAGAAAAAGAAGGACGAUGAUAAUUUUGUACAUCCCGCAACUGUUAAAUGCAAGGUGCGCAAGCCGAAGCCACUAAACAUAAUAUCGAAGACGAAGCAGAUGUUCUCCGGCAAAGAGCGCUCGCGUUCCGAGCAGAGAAGCAAGAUGGCGGCCGAGCAGGACUCGCUAGCGUGCGCAGCCAGCGAGCCCGAUCUCAGAGAUAUGAGGAGCGAACAGUCGUCGCCUUUCCGACGCUGGACGACGACAGGCGGCGCGAGCGCACAGAGCUCUUACCGGCAUCACGACCACCGCAAUAUGUACAACAAGCAGCAGAUGAGCGAAGGCACCCCCCAAACCACCAGUUCCUGUGGCGGAGUGGCGCGCUGGUCUCUGGGUUUGGAACAGCUGUUGGCUGACCCGGCCGGGGCGGCUGCCUUCCUACAUUUCUUGUCUAAGGAGUUCGCUGCAGAGAACAUUAGAUUCUGGUGGCUAUGCGAACAAUACAGUACGACAGAAGACGCGUGCCGGCGGGCCGCUCUCGCCAAACAGAUCUGGGACCGCCAUCUUGGGGAGAGAGCUGAUGAGCCAGUGAACGUGGACGCCACCGCCAGGAGAGCGGUGGCGGCGAGACUGGCCUCCGACCCGGCGCCGCCUGACUUGUUCCAACAGGCGCAGAAGCAGAUCUUCAACGUGAUGAAGUUCGACAGCUACCCGCGCUUCCUGCGCUCGGGCGUGCACGCGGAGUGCGCGCGCGCCGACCUGCGCGGCCUGCCCGUGCCCUAUGCGCGCGCGCAAGAGCGGGAGGACACACACGACACGCCCACUAAGCUAAAGAAAUCAGCGAGCAACGCCUCGGAGCGUCGCAGGAGCGGCGGCGCCUCGCUCCUGCCGUGGAAACGCGCACCGUCCAGGGAUCGCGCCAGUGAGACGCAAACAAAUCACACAGCACCUGUUACUGAUGUGGUGAAAUCGUCUCAAACCAACCACGGCCAGUGUUCCCUGUGUCGGGUGGUGUUGCCAGAUGGCGCCACCUCCGUGGUGGGCGUGGACGAGAACGUGACGGUGAAGAAGCUGGUGGACAAGCUGCUGGUGAGGAGGAAUCUGGUGUGCGCCAAUUACGAUGUGCUGCUUAAGGAUUGCGCGCAGGGCGAAACCCCCACCAUAAACUUGAACGCGCCAUCGUCAAUUCUCGGCGGUAGAGAAGCUCUGGUAGAACGUUGCGCCGUAGUGCGCAUAGAGCUGAACGGGCGCAGUGUGUGCGUCAGGUGCCGCGCGGCUCGCAAACUGAGACACGUGCUGCCCGCUGUACUGAAGAAGUACGUCCAGGCGGCCACUGUACAGCGGCGGGUGACGAGAGAUGGCGCUGAAGUCAGCGUUGACACUUUGAUGCAGGAUCUGGACGGCAGCCGCCUACAAUUGGUGUUGUCGUCGGAGCCGACUACGGGCGACGGUGACGCGGACUCCCUCAGCGACCUCGCACUGAGGCUACACGAGGAAUGCACUGAGGAAACACAGGGCGGCUCCGGCAGCCUGCCCGGCCGCGUGCGCGUGCGCGCCAGCGUGCGGCCCGCGCCCGCCGCGCACCACCCGCCCGAUUUCCUAGAAAACCUUCGAGAGACGCAACGCCAACGCCUCCACCCCCGCGUGGAGCCGCUCCCCCCUCCCCCGGCCACUGUCCCCCCCUCCGCCUCCCCGUGCCCGGUGUCCCCCUCCCCGUGCCCCGCGCCGCGCCCCCCGCCGCCGCUCCCCCCCAAACCGCCGCAGAGGACCGCGCCUACUGUAGUAUGAACGAGAAUUCCUUCAAAUUAGAGAUAUGUCAAUAUGCCAUUUAAGCUGCUUUGAAAGGCAGUUUUGUGGUUUUACGUCUGGAUGGGGAAGUCCAAAAGUUGGAGCGACCAGUUAAAAAGAAAGAUAUUUACUUGGAUCUUACAAACGUGUGAAUUAAGUUUUGUUCAGAUGGAAUUGUUUGAAGUUAACUGUACAUGUAUCGCUAUAUGUCGAUAAAAUAGACUAAUGAAAUAGAAUUCGUGCUUCACGUCUAAAAAUGUCUGCAAUCUUAUAUAAUAAUGGUUUAAAAAGUUAACCAUAAAGUGUUUUUAAUUAAAAAUACCAAGUGAUGUUGACAUCACUUCAAAUCUAUCGCCAUGACCAUACAUCUUUAGAACUAAAAAACGGCAUUCAAACAGCGCCAUCUUAUGGCCGAAAAAAACAAACUUUUUUAAAUGAUACCAGUGUUGCCAGAUUGGGUGAAUAAGACAAAUUAAGAAAAUUAUCAUUGUAACAUAAUGUUUUAUAGUUUGAAUGUCAAAAUCAUUUUUUUUAAUAUAAAAGUUGCAAAAAGUGUUUCAAAUUGUUUCGUGGUUGUAUUUUAAUGUGAUUUUCAUGAAUAAGUUGAAGCUUUAAUAAAGCAAAUAACGUACCUAUUUAAGGUUUUAACAGAUGUUUUAAUUAAGGUCAUUGGACCAAUCAAUGUGCUGUCUUGUGUCCAAGUCUGUGUGUGGACUGUAAACAGCAGUAUCGUAUAUGUACAGUGAAAUACAAUGUUGCCAACUACCAUUUAAUGAAAAGUGCUCAGUUGGACCCAAAAAUGUCACAAAAAGACAAAUAUCAGCUACAUAUUUGUCUUUUUGUGGUAUAUAUUCUGAUUCCAUCAAAAAAAAAAAAAAAUUUGAAUUUGGAACCAUAAAUAAAUAAUCCAGAAUUAUGAAUUUUUA